GGCACCAUGCCCGCUUCAGGCUCCGAACUGUCGGACUUGCAGUCGCCGCCCGCCUCGCAAGAGUGGGGCGCCGAGCCGCCUCCUCACGGGGAGCUGCAGUACCUGGGGCAGAUCGAGCAUAUCCUCCGUUGCGGGUUCCGGAAGGGCGACCGCACCGGUACUGGCACCCUGUCGGUGUUCGGCAUGCAGGCGCGCUACAGCCUGAGAGAUGAAUUUCCUCUGUUGACAACCAAACGUGUAUUCUGGAAGGCCGUUUUGGAGGAGUUGCUGUGGUUUAUUAAGGUAAAAAAGGGAGGAGAGAGGAUAGGCACAAAGCCCAGGCUGUGUGGCACCAUAGCCUUGUUUGUAACCAUUACGCCAGGUGACUUUGUACACACUUUGGGAGAUGCACACAUUUACCUGAAUCACAUUGAGCCACUGAAAAUGCAGCUUCAGCGAAAACCAAAGCCUUUCCCGAAGCUUAAAAUCCUUCGAAAAGUUGAGACAAUCGAUGACUUCAAGGCUGAAGACUUUCAGAUUGAAGGGUACAGUCCUCAUCCAACUAUUAAAAUGGAAAUGGCCAUUUAGAGUGCUUUUUAAGGAGUUGUUUGAAGGAUAGUCAGUCUUUAGGGCUUGGACUGGAUGCUCAGGUGGAAGUUCUUUGUUCUCAAGGAGGAAGGAACUACGUCAAAACUCCUGGUGACUUAUCAGUUAUUAACUCUAAAGGCUGUUACUGUUGGCAAGUGUAACUGUUAGUUCUUUUAGUAAUAGAAGGUGAGUUUUUAACACAUUGAGGAUGUAUGAAAAUGCUGAAAUUAUGACUAGAAGAUUAAGAAUUUAUAUGCUCAACAAAAACAUGUACAUGGUAUUUCAGUCCCAUAUUUUUAUGAAGGUUAGUGAAUUUCAAGGUUUUAUAAGCUAUUCUCCAAAUUUGAAUGAGCCAUUAAUAAUGACAAUGUAUAACUGGUGUGGUUAUGAACCACACCAAGUUAAAGUUACUUGUUUUAUACAUUGCUAUAAUAAAGAAGUUUUCAGCAUUUA